UUUUCCUAAACAAGACUAGAAGGUCAAAAGCCAAUGUGGGUGACUGCAGAUACUGGACUUUCUUGUUGUGUGGGAGAAUUUGAAUCAAAAUCCCCCUUUACAACCUAAGGGUUCUCCCCUAUAGACAUCUCUAUAAAACGGACAGCCAGGACAUCAGUGAAUCACACAACAGCAAGUUGAACUUGAGAGCUUCACAUCAUCAACUAACUGUCUGUUUAUCCAGUCCAACAAACAAACGACCAAUAUGACCGCCUCUCGCCUUGUCGUUUUCUCCGCAAUUCUGAUGAUUCUGGGUGCCAUCACCAUCAGUGAAGGUAUGCGUAUUGGACCAAAGAGAUGCUGUUUCUCUUUUCAAUCGCGUCAAGUGCCAAUCAAACAAAUUAUCGGCUACAGCAUGACAAGCCAGCAGUGCCCAAUGCAAGCUGUGUUGUUUAAGACAAAACGAGGAAGCCAGAUAUGUGCCAAUCCCACCGACUCUUGGGUACAGAAGCACAUGGAGACCUUUAACAGCAAGCCCGCAGGAGCCCAGGGGACCCUGUAACCAUGGUGACCUGCAUCCUCCACCUCUUUCAAAAUUUUGGAAGAACAGUGCAAUAGGCACUCACCGACAAAUGCAUUGUCACUAAUAAUUCAGCAUAUUGAAGCUAUGGGUUUAACAGUCCAAAAAAUGUACCUUUUCUUUGAAUAAUUUUCUUUUGGAUUUAUCUUGCAUUUGUCCUACUAAUAUAUGCUAGCUGCUGAAAGAUACAGUAUUUUAGUUAUAUAUAGCUACAUAUUUAUAUAUAACACAAAAAAAUUGAUAAUAAAGAAAAUGUUUUUUUUUUCAUGUUGUGUAAUUUAAGGCAAAGCAAUAUAAGGUUUGUUUAUGUAACUCUAAAAUGUAUUGCUACAAAUGUAUUCACAA